GCAAGUUUUAUUCAUUUGGCGAUUAGUCCGGAUCAGUAAUGCCACUUUCUCCUAGGUUUUCACAUCCUGGAAAGUCAAUAUGAUGUUUUGCCAGAGGAGUGGAAGGGAGAAAGAGAAGAAACUUUAUUUCUCACUCUUUUUUUUUUUUUUUUUUUAACUCAGGAAGAUGACCAAAUCUAUUUGCUCUUGUCCCAAAUAGAAAUGGAGCAGCAAGGGAGCCCCGCCAACGACACUAACUGCACCAUUCAAGACUUCAAAAGAGCCAUCUACCCACCUGUGUAUUUGAGCAUAUUUGUGUUGGGAAUUUUGGGAAAUGGCUUUUCCAUAUUCAUUUUCCUUCAGUCUUUUAGGAAACAAACCUCAAUGAAUGUUUUCAUGUUGAACUUGGCCAUUUCGGAUUUCUUAUUUGUGUUUACGCUGCCCUUCCGAGCUGACUACUACUUGAAGAAUUCCAAGUGGGUGUUUGGAGACAUCACCUGCAGGUUAAUGUCCUAUUCUUGGUACGUCAAUAUGUACAGCAGCAUCUAUUUCCUGACCGUGAUGAGCAUCGUCCGUUUCCUGGCUAUUGUGCACCCUUUCCGGCUCUUAAGUCUGACCAGCAUCAAGGGUGCCCGGAUCCUGUGUGUGACAAUAUGGACUUUUGUGAUGGUGAUUUCUGCUACGCUUUUGAAAGGCGGAUCUUCCCAGAAGAAUAAUGAAACUUCAUGCUUAGACCCUGAGAAAGAGAAAAUCCAGAGGUUGCUCAUUCUGAACAAUAUCGUCUUGGCCGUGGGUUUCAUUCUGCCCCUGGGCACACUGAGUGUCUGUUACAUACUGAUCAUCAGGACUCUGCUCAAACCUCGGGUCCCAGAAUCGGGGCUCAGACCCUCAAACAAAAAGGCGUUAUUAACCAUCUCUAUUAUAUUGUUCUUUUUCCUGGUUUGUUUUCUGCCUUAUCACCUUCUGAGAACCGUUCACUUGUUGGCGUGGAGCGAGAAUAAGUGCCACAGUCGUGUGCAUAAAGCUGUGGUGAUCACCCUGUGCUUAGCUGCAGCCAAUAACUGCCUGAAUCCUUUGCUCUAUUACUUUUCGGGGGAAAAUUUCAAAGAGAGACUUAUCGCUGUAUUCAAAAGAGGACCCCUGCCAAAACAAACGCAACAGGGCCAUCUGUACAUUGUGGAAGCAGAAAACCUAGUGGAGACCUGACAGAAGCCACUCUUCUGCCCGUGUAGACUAUUGCACUGGCUGCAAAACUGUCCCGGAAGUGACAUCCUAUGGCUAACCGAAAAACAUUUAUUGAGAUGCUUACUUACACGUCCAGAUCCAAAUUUCAGAAAAAAUAAAUUCAGUUUUGUUCUGCCUUCUAAUGGUUCAGGAUGGGAAAUAAUUCAACUUUGUUGAAGCAG